GUUGAGAUCCAGUAGGCCGGGAGUGCAGGGGUCCUGAGAACUGGAGGUCGCGACCUCUGACCCCCGGGACUGGGCUAGCGCACGCCGACAGGUAGGGGGUCAGGCGCGUUUCCAGCGAUGGCAGCAGCCCGCCCGGCCCUGGGCCGAGUGCUCCCCGGCUCUUCGGUCCUCUUCCUGUGCGACAUGCAGGAGAAGUUCCGCAGCGCCGUGUCCUUCUUCCCCCAGAUCGUGGCCGUAUCGGCGCGUAUGCUCCAGGUCGCUCGUUUGCUGGAGAUCCCCACGGUGCUGACCGAGCAGUACCCGGAGGGGCUGGGGCCCACAGUCCCGGAGCUGGGGGCCCAGGGCAUCCGGGCCGUGCCCAAGACCUCUUUCAGUAUGGUGGUGCCCGAAGUGGAGCGGCUGCUGAAGGCCAGACCCGGCCUGCGGUCCGUGCUGCUGUGUGGGAUCGAAGCCCAAGCCUGCAUCCUGUGCACGGCCCUGGACCUGCUGGAGAGAGGCCUCGAAGUGCAUGUGGUGGCCGAUGCCUGCUCCUCUCGCAGUCAGGUGGACCGGUUGCUGGCUCUGUCCAGGAUGCGCCAGAGCGGGGUCUUCCUCACCACCAGCGAGAGCCUUAUGCUGCAGCUGCUUCGCGAUGCGGCCCAUCCGCAUUUCAAGGAGGUGCAGAAAUUCCUGCGGGAUCCAGCCCCGGAUACCGGACUCCUCGGUUUGUUCCAGGGCAAGAACCCCCUCUUCAGCUGAACCCCUCAAAGCCCCG